UCAACUCUCAGCAAGAUCAAUGGACACCUGAGUGGCUAAGGCAGCAGAUUCUGCAGGAGGACUUCCGCAGACGCCAUGUGGGAGGCGGUGCUGCCACUAAGACUGCUGAGGAGUAUGGAGCUGCAGGGCGCGGCAGAGGAAGAGGGGGUUGGAAAGGCCGAGGCCGUGGGAGGAGCUUUGGCAGAGGUAGAGGCCGAGAAGAGCAAGGCCGAAGUGACCUUUGGACCAACCAGCUGCCGUGCUAAGCUUGGGAAGAAGGUGCUAUGGAGUCUGGAAGAGGAGACCAGUUGCAUCAAGGACCUCAGAAUGGCGUGGCUGAGAGGUUCAACAGGACCCUGCAGGAGGGGGCACGCACUCUCCUUGGGCGUGCAGGGCUGCCUGAUCCGUUUUGGGUGUCUGCACUGAGGCAGGUCGCCCUUGUGAAGAACAGGGUGCUGGCUACAGUUGGAGAUAAGGAGUGGAUCCCAUAUGUCAAGUGGUAUGGGAGUGCUCCAGCUGUGAAUAUGCUGAGGGCAUUUGGGUGCAUGGUAGUGUUUCAUGUGCCUAAGGAGAAAAGGGGGAAGUUGGAGGCUUCUGGAAGAUGGGGUGUGCACUUGGGGAUUGCAAAGGAUCACAAGGGGUGGCUGCUAUGGGACUUGACCACCCAGAAGUUGACAGUGUCAAGGGAUGUGAAGUUUCUUGAGUCCCUGUACUACAAGGAAUGGAAGCAGCAGCAACAGAAGCUUCCAUCUACACCGCUCAUUGUGGAGGCGGAUGAGGUGCAGCGGCCUUCAAGACAGGUAGAGGUUGCAGUGUCAGAGGAGGAGAUGUCUGGGGUGACUGAGGAAGG